CGCAAACAAACACGCGACCGGUCGGCUCCCGCAUGCGCAGUGCGCCGCCGGCUUCUCUCCCUGCCUCCAGCAGAUUGUGAGAAGAUGAUGCGGCUGCUAGUUGGCCCAUGUCGGUCGUAGCUCCUCUCCCGCCUUGUCCCGAUUCUUGCCAAAUUCACCGUUAAAUGUCGGAGCGGAACCGGAGCGGAGCGCGCACCGAGCAGCUGUAACGGCACCGAGACACGAAGAAGAAGAAGGAGAAGAAGGAGAAGAAGAGGAGGAGGAGGAGGAGCAGUGACUGGAAGGAGUUGGGCAUCAGAUUGCACCGAAUGUCAUUAUACGCUUUAAAAUAUCCAGGACUAUAAUCGAGACCAAAGGCAGAGCCAUGGAGGCUGUAACGCAUUUUGUCAAUGACAGUGUAGAGUUUUACAAAUGGAGCCUUAAUAUAGCAGACAAGCGGGUGGAGAGCUGGCCCAUGAUGGCGUCGCCCUUCCCCACUCUGGCCAUCAGCUGCCUGUACCUGGUCUUCCUGUGGGCGGGGCCUCGCUACAUGGAGGACCGCCAGCCCUACACGCUCAGGAAGACCCUCAUAGUCUACAACUUCAGCAUGGUGGUCCUCAACUUCUACAUCGCCAAAGAGCUCCUGAUUGGCUCUCGAGCCGCCGGGUACAGCUACCUCUGCCAGCCUGUCAACUACUCCAACGACGUCAACGAAGUCCGGAUAGCCUCUGCUCUCUGGUGGUACUACAUCUCCAAAGGCGUGGAGUUCCUCGACACCGUCUUCUUCAUCCUGAGGAAGAAGUUCAACCAGGUGAGCUUCCUGCACGUCUACCACCACUGCACCAUGUUCAUCCUGUGGUGGAUCGGCAUCAAGUGGGUCCCCGGAGGACAGUCUUUCUUCGGCGCCACCAUCAACUCGUCCAUCCACGUCCUCAUGUACGGCUACUACGGUCUGGCGGCUCUGGGACCUCAGAUGCAGAAGUACCUCUGGUGGAAGAAAUACCUCACCAUCAUCCAGAUGAUCCAGUUCCACGUCACCAUCGGCCACGCCGGCCACUCCCUCUACACCGGCUGCCCGUUCCCCUGCUGGAUGCAGUGGGCGCUCAUCGGCUACGCGGUCACCUUCAUCAUCCUCUUCGCCAACUUCUACUACCACGCCUACCGACGCAAGCCCUCGUCCUCCUCGCACAAGGCGGGCAAGCCCGUCGCCAACGGCAACGCGGCGGUCACCAACGGCCACAGCAAAGCCGAGGAGCCGGAGGAGAACGGCAAGAGGCAACGGAAAGGCCGGGCCAAGAGGGAGUGACGGGCGUCGGGGCGGCGCCACGGGACAGUGGGAGGAGGGCGGAGCCGCCAGACACACCCCCCCACAGCCGGAUGUCAACGGGACCAACUGGACGAGGUGUGUUUGUCGGGUUCUGGGAGGAUGGAAGGGGUGUUGCUUUGUCUCCAUUGCAGUUUUUAAAAAAAGAAGAAAAAAAAAAAUCAAGAAAUUCGCCGAUCGGCUCCGAGCUCGACUGUCCGGCUGAGCUCCGGACCGGAAACCGGACCAAAAAAAACCCCGAAAAAAAACCCUCCAGGAGCUGCUUCAGCAACCAAAACUCACCUCCUCAACUUUUGUACUCUGGAUUCAUGUUUAACUCCGAGCUUCCUUAGUCUUUAAUAAGCUUAAUUUAUAUGCUAGCGCUCUGAAAGAGUUUUAAUGAAUUUUAAUUAUUAUCAAAGACGUUUUUUUGUUUGUUUGUUUGUUUACAAAUCUUUAGUUGAGUCGGCUAGCUGAUGACAAAAGAAAUUCUCACGUCUGCCAUCUACCUGCUGUAUCUACCACCUCCUGGACUCUCCACUGAUGUCACACAACCUGUUCUCUUUGUGUUCAUUGUGAAUUAAAACUGGUUUAAAACACUUUGAGGGUGAAACUUUAUAGAGUUUUUUUUUUUUUUUCCCUAGAAUUUGUGCGAUUAUCUUUGUUGAAAUAUUUUCGUGGGUCCUCGUGGUUUUAUUUCUUUAACCUUGCUGUGCGAUGUAGAGAGGUUUUCAGAUGAAGGUGUUGUCUCACUGCCACGUAGGACUGAAGGGAGCUGAUGCUGCUUCUUCUUUCUUUUUCUAAUUUUUAAAAAGAAAUCCAACGGUUAUUUUCUUGUCCUAUGAAAACCAACCUGACACAGCUUCCUGGCUGCACAUAGAACUGAAAUAAAGACAGUGUCGGCACCCCA